AUGGCCCAAUCAACAGUCAAACUGGCCUUCUCAACCUUGCUAGGCAUUCUGGGUUGGCACGGUGUAUUUUUGCUGUUUCUAAUAAUCGCACUCAAGCUUUUCCUUUGGGAGCCUUAUUACAACAGUUCAUGUCCUUGUACCUGGAAUGUGGCUUAUGGUACCAUUAUGUUCCUAUUUCCUUCUCUCACCUCCUACACAAUCGCAGUCUUUGCUUACUUUCGACAAGAAAGUAACAGCGCUCCUUGGAAGGUUUUGAAGAAAUUCUACGUUAUCAAAUACUCCUGUCCUUAUUACGAUGAGCGAACUGAGUGGGAUUUUCACGCUGAUCACUGCAUUCAAUGCCGACAGCUGAGGCGCGAUUGGUCUUUGGUGAAGAUCGCUGUGUCAGCAGUUUUUUCUCUUCUCUAUCCAUUGGUGUGGCUUUCACUAAGCUUUCUUCAAACAGCUUACUACGUUUGCGCUCAUGUUGGUCCACCAAGCGACAUCCUACAAAAUGUUUGCGAUGUGACCAUCCUAAAGCCAGACGACUAUAGGAUGGCCUACGGUUUGGCGGCGAUUCGUUCAAAGACCAUUGGUAGCAUUCUCUUUGUGUGCACACUGUUUUUUGUAGGGGUUUUCGUGAUACUCUAUGGUGAAAUGAAAAGUUAUUUGUCCAAAAAGUUUGACUGGGAUCCAAGUGGAAAAGGUGCAUCGAACAACCUACAAGUUCAGGUUUCCAUUCAACCGGGCCGUACAUCCGGGUCUGCUGAAACGGCUAGUCUCCAUAGCAACAGG